CGCACGCCCCCACACCCGACCCACCCACGCACACCGCACACCACACGGCCACUCACACCACGGAACGCACAAGCACAACACGCAUCCAUCCAUCCAUGGCCGGCGCGGGCAAGCAAGCCAUCCGCACGGGCGGUGUGCUGGGAGGCCGCACGGGCGGGGAGCAGGGAGGCCGCACACGCAGCGAGCAUGGCGGACGCGCGGGCAAUGAAUCCAUCCAUCCAUGGCCGGUGCGGGCAAGCAGGCCAUCCGCGCGGGCAGCAAGCAUGGCAGAUGUGAGGGCGGCGAGCAUGGCGCGCGGGGGCGGCUCACUCCAUCGACGACUUCUUCCAUCGGGCGCGCGGCGGGCUCUUCCCUCGAGCGCGCAGCGACCUCUUCCCUCGGGCGCGCGGCGGCCUCUUCCCUCGGGCGCGCGGCGGCCUCUUCCCUCGAGCGCGCGGCGGCCUCUUCCCGGCCGGCCGCCCAACGCUGUACGGUGCGCGGCGGUGCCCCUCUCUCUCUCCAGGAACCAGCGAGCACGGCCGGGCGGCGGUGCGGAAACCAGGGUCGGGAGAGCGGCGCGUGCGAGCGUGGCUGUUCGGUGGCGCGGCGAGUAUGGUCGGGCAAGCAGCGCGGUGAGCAGGGCGAGGCGGCGGCAGUGGUGUCCCUGUGGUAUUGUCCCCGGCGAGAAGAAGGACGGCCGGCGGUGAAGUACCUGUUGUUGCGAUGGAGGACUCGAUUGCUUUUCCCUUUUAAUUUCUAGGGGUCCUUGUGUAAAUUUUCAGGACAACUUGUAACCUCUCUGUAACUCCACCGAUGAUGAAUGCAAUACAGCACGGCCGUGUCGAA